CUACAUAACAAUAACAACCAGACAGAGAGACAGACAGACAGAAGAAUAAAGAGAGAUAAUUAGCGCAAACAUCUCUCACUCAUUUUUCGGUAAUUCUUCUUCUCCUUCUUAUCUCUCUGCACUCUCAACUCAAUUACUACUUCUUCAUAUCUCUUUUACUUUAACUAUCAUCCCAACCCAACAACUAUUUCUUACUCAUUCCAUCUUUUGGAAUCAUAUACUGCUAAAAAGGGCAUCCGAGUUUUGCAAAAAUAAUAUCAUAUACUACAAUGAGGGGACAAUUGUGACAAUUAUAUGGAUCCACAGACCUUUAUUAGGUUGUCGAUAGGCUCUCUGGGUUUGAGAAAUACUGGAUCUGAACUGAGCACUGAAACAUCCGGAAUUCAAAGACUCUCUUCAUCUUAUGUGUGUGAGAUACGGCUUCGAGGUUUUCCUGUUCAAACAUCAUCAGUCCCCUUAAUAACGUCUGCAGAAGUUAUACGCGAUACACAAAACAUUGCGUCUAGCUUUUACCUUGAGGAAUCAGAUUUAAAAGCAUUGUUAGCUCCCGGUUGUUUCUAUAAUCCUCAUGCUUGUUUGGAGAUCGCCGUGUUUUCAGGGAAGAAGGGAUCUCAUUGUGGAGUCGGUGUCAAAAGGCAGCAAAUUGGCGUUUUUAAAAUGCAGGUUGGUCCUGAAUGGUGUGAAGGAAAACCUUUGAUUCUUUUCAAUGGUUGGAUAGGUAUUGGCAAGAACAAACAGGAGAAUGGAAAACCGGGUGCUGAGUUACAUUUGAAAGUUAAACUAGAUCCUGACCCUAGAUAUGUAUUUCAAUUCGAUGAUAUAACGAGAUUGAGUCCUCAGAUAGUUCUGCUUCAAGGAUCAAAGCAGCCAAUCUUCAGUUGCAAGUUUAGUAAGGACAGGGUUUCCCAGAUUGAUUCGUUGAGCACUUACUGGUCGGGUUCUCCCGACACUUCUGACUUAGAAACCGAGAGGAGAGAGAGAAAGGGGUGGAAGGUGAAGAUACAUGAUCUAUCCGGCUCAGCUGUAGCUGCAGCCUUCAUAACAACUCCCUUUGUUCCAUCUUCAGGUUGUGACUGGGUUGCAAGAUCCAACCCAGGAGCUUGGUUGAUUGUCCGUCCAGAUGUUGGUGGUAUAUCCGAAAGCUGGCAGCCGUGGGGAAAGCUCGAAGCAUGGCGAGAGCGCGGCAUUAAAGACUCUAUAUGCUGCAAAUUCCAUCUUCUAUCUGAACCUCAAGAUGGAGCCAAUCGUCUUAUGUCUGAAAUAAAUAUAAAUGCCGAAAAGGGUGGCGAGUUUUUCAUAGAUACUGAAAAACACAUGAGAACCAUGGCUACUGCUGAAAGUCCAAUCCCUAGUCCACAAAGUAGCGGAGACUUUGGCGCACUAAGUCCAGUUGUUGGAGGUUUUGUCAUGAGCUGUAGAGUUCAAGGUGAAGGAAAGCGUAGUAAGCCGUUAGUACAGCUGGCAUUGCGACAUGUGACGUGCGUGGAGGAUGCUGCCAUCUUCAUGGCACUUGCUGCAGCCGUUGACCUUAGUAUCGAAGCGUGUAAACCUUUCCGAAGGAAGAUCAGAAGAGGUUCUCGGAAUUCUAUUUGAAAAACAAAGCUAAUGCUAAUGGAUAUGUUUAAACAAUAUCAUGAUACAUGAAUGAAUGUGAAUGCUAUAUGCCUUUGCUUUUCAUUGAUGUAAUAUUUACAAAAUUGUACAGCAUAAGGUUCCACACAUUGCUCUCUUGAGAAUUCUUCAACUCAUUAGCAAUGUGAUGUAUUUGGCUAUAUGACAAUGUAACUUUUGUACUAUUAAGAUACACAAAACAACCUCUUAAGCUAAUGAACUUCUCUAAAAUUAACCUCA